GUGAUGUUUCAUGUGCCAUUGUCCCCUCACCAGUGGCCACAAAAUUCUCUUCACCAUUAAAUUUGGAUAUGAAAUGUACCACUAACUUUGUAUAUAUACAUUCAUAGAAAGUUUUUUAUGCAGAACACAAGUUUCACUUGCUGUGUAUUCCUCAAAAAUACUUUCUCUUUCUAUGAAGUCAUCAUUUAAAGUUACAAAGUAUCUCACUAUGGGCAUCAAAAUGAGUCCGCUUAUUCAAGGUACUAGAAUCUUGAGGAGGUUUUCAAAUUCCGGAGGUGUUCCAAAAGGACAUUGCGCAGUAUAUGUAGGAGAGAGCCAGAAGAAGAGAUUCGUCGUGCCAAUAUCAUACUUGAGCCAGCCUUUAUUUCAAGACUUGUUAACUCAAGCUGAAGAACAGUUUGGUUUCGAUCAUCCAAUGGGCGGUCUCACGAUACCUUGCAAGGAAGACGUGUUUGUUCAUCUCACAUCCUGCUUGAGAUCAUGAAUUGUAUCAAAGUGCAAAUUCUCUUGCACAUGAAAUUUUGUAGAUUUAGAUGUUAGAAAUAGGAGAUUGUUAAAAGAACUUUCACUGUAUAGUUCAGAAACACAAAAAUCUAUAGAAGUUGUUACAUGAUCAGUUUAUUAAUA